AUGAUCCAGCUCAGGGUGCUAAAUGUGAUAGGAGCCAAGAACUGGGACAUGAGCCAUCUACGGGGACGGCUUCCUAACAUUCGCAAGCUUAGGGUUACAAAGUCCAUGUGCUACUUCAACAACAACAUGUUCUCAGAGAUGGGAAACAUAGAGCUUCUUGAUUUUUCGGGAAAUACCAUCAGCCGAGGCAUGACAAGCUUAUCUGGGCCAGCAAACAGUAGUAGCCUUAAGACUGUCACUAUUGAUGGAUGUGAUGGCUUAGAAAUUAUCUCUUUCAGGAACUGCAAAGAACUGAAGAACCUUUUCUUGACAGGAUCGUUCGGGAGUCUCGAGGAACUGGAUCUGUCAGGCACAAAAGUAAAAACUCUCGACCUUGGAGGAGUAGAAUCCACACACCCCGAGCGGAUCAUCUUGCUGGGCUGCGAGAAGCUCCGUGCAAUAUUAUGGCCAGAGAGUGUAAUAAAAGAGGAAAAAGGGCAGUAUGUGCUGCGGAUUGACACUACCUCAACAUCAGCAUCAACUGAUGGAGGGGAAUCAACACAUGCACAUCCACACUGUGAUCAAUCCCUCCAGCAGCAGAAAGAAAAACUGUUUAAGGAUGGAUGGCAGAUCUCUUUCAUGGAUGCAAGGAUCCUUAGGCCGCUUUCUCCUGGUUUUGCAACCUUACAUCUUGAUAUCUAUUCUCCAGCUAUUCUUGGUGGUUGCGUACAAGGAACAAGCAGUGAUGAACUAGUGCAAGUCCAACCGCAUACAAGUACCAUAAUGGACUCCGAGUACAGAGACGCCGCGAAGGAUGGCCCAGUUGAAGUGAUGAUAAUGUGGGAGUGCCCUGGGAUAAGUACUCGAUGGUGGGACUCACGCAGAACUUGUAUCAUAAAGGUGAUCAUGCACGGGCAGAGCAACAAGCUCUUGGAUGAUGCUCCAAGUGCUAGUAGUAGUGCUUUAUUUUUCCCUAAUUUUAUAUAUGAAGAGGCUACAUCGCUGCACGUUUAUGAUAACUCCUCCAUCACGGUAUCUCCCCAUGGAGUAGGAUGGAAGGCUCUCAGGUGGUGCCGGGUCGAGAGGUGCCCCAAGUUGCACACAGUCUUCCCUAUUCCGUGGGGCAGUCGUUCGGAUUACUUUUAUCAUCUGGAGACCUUCUGGGCGUCCCAACUCCUCUCUGAUGCUACAUCUGGAACAUGCCAAUUAAUAAAACUGCUCCAAGCCUGAGGUUCUUGCACC